UAAACGGAAGCGGAAACUCAAAUACAUGUGCGAUUUUCGAAGAAUGGACGGCUUAACAGAGGUUGGUUUUCAAAAUUUACUGCUUAUUUGCCAAAUUUAAUUAUAAAAAAAAGAAUGAUUCUGUUAAAAAUAAUAUUUGUACAGUCUUCUUCAUCGUCAAACUUGUUAGAUUCUGUUUACUUUCCAUGCAAUAAGCAUAUGUUUUCGGCCGACUCAUCAAGACUGUGGGAGCCUAUAUUUUCCAUAUAGUUCACCUGCAGAUAAUAUUAAGAAAAAAAUUAAGAAAUAAUUUACAAAAUUAUUUUUCUCUUUAGAACAACUCCACCAAAGGGAAAAAUAUGGCUCUUUCCGAAAUGACGUCGAAAGACUAUUAUUUUGACUCCUAUGCCCAUUUCGGAAUCCAUGAGGAAAUGUUGAAAGAUGAAAUAAGAACGAUCACAUACAGAACAGCUAUGCUUCAAAAUAAGCAUUUAUUUAAAGACAAAGUUGUUCUAGAUGUUGGCUGUGGAACUGGUAUACUAAGUAUUUUUGCUGCCCAAGCUGGGGCAAAAAAAGUAAUUGGCAUCGAAUAUUCAAAUGUUAUUGAAUCUGCCCAAAAGAUCGUCGAUGCGAAUAAAUUUCAAGAUAAAAUUAUCCUUAUCAAAGGAAAAGUUGAAGAAGUUGAAUUACCAGAAGAAUUCAAGCAAGUUGACAUAAUCGUUAGUGAAUGGAUGGGUUACUCAUUAUUCUACGAGUCAAUGCUGAACACUGUUAUAUUUGCUAGAGAUAAAUGGCUAAAACCCGGCGGUCUUAUUUUCCCUGAUAAAGCUUGUCUCUACCUCACUUCUAUUGAAGAUCAACAAUAUAAAGAUGAGAAAAUAAAUUGGUGGUCCAAUGUAUAUGGAGUGGAUAUGUCGUGCAUCAGAAAAUUAGCCAUGGCAGAACCUCUAGUGGACGUUGUUGAAGCUAGACAAAUAGUAACAAGUCCUAUGCUUAUCAAAGAAAUCGAUAUCCAUACAGUUAAGGAGGAGGACUUGGAAUUUACUUCCAACUUUGUGCUGAAAGCAAGAAGGAAUGAUUAUAUACACGCUCUCGUUACCUACUUCACUAUUGAAUUCACCCACUGUCACAAGAGAGUACGAUUCAGUACCUCCCCUGAAGCCAGAUAUACUCACUGGAAGCAGACCGUCUUGUAUUUGGAUGACUACAUUACAAUUAAGGAGGCUGAAGAAGUCUAUGGCACCUUCCAUGUUAAGCCGAACAAAAAUAAUCACCGUGACUUAGACUUCACUGUUAGUGUCGACUUUCAAGGCGAGUUGUCAACGAUGCAAACUAAACAAGACUAUAAGAUGCGUUGAUAAAUUACUUUAAGAAUGUUGGCAGAGCAAAGUAUUUAAGUAAGCGUUUUACAGAGAAUAAAUUUGUAUCGUUUGUGUUCGCUUGUGGAUUAUAUGAUGGAACACUUCAUUUAUGAAACAAUUAUUUUCAACAUUCUGUAAGUCUGUACUGUUUCUUUUGAAACUGAGUCUCCGCUUAAUUUGUUAAUACAAAUUACAAACAUUCAAAACAAUUUCUGUGACUACUGUGAAAAUUAAUGAUUUUUGAUUGAAUCUUUAAUAUAUUUCAGUUACAUGUACUUGGAU